AUGGAAGAGAUCAUAAUGGACAAGGCCAUCCUGGAUGCUUCCGUUCAUGUAUAUGGGGGGAUGGGCCUGGUCCUCGGGUCUUGUUCUCCUCAGCCAUGUAUAUGUGGGGAUGGCUUGAUCGCUGUCGGGUCCUCUGACUUUGUUCCCCAUGUCUUGCAGGUUUUGCUCCACGUGUUGUUCGAACAUGCGGCAGGGUACGCCCUGUUCGGGGUGAAGGAGGUGGAGGAGAUCGGCAUGCUGAUGCCCCAGGUGGAGCAGUCUCUGCAGAAUAUCGGCAAGUUCAACACCAUAGUGAAGCUGGUGGCAUUCUUUCCGUUCAAAUCGGCCCAGAGCGCCCUGGAGAAUGUCAACGCCAUCUCUGAAGGUAAUCGGGGAAUAUUGGGGGUCAUUUGUCAGACUGGCGGGGUGGUUGCUGAGCUGAUCAGAGGUAUCCGGCUACAUUUCCAUUCCCUGGUCAAGGGUCUCACUGCUCAGUCCGCCUCCAAGGCACAGCUCGGCCUCGGGCACAGCUACUCCCGGGCCAAAGUCAAGUUCAAUGUCAACCGUGUGGACAACAUGAUAAUCCAGUCCAUCAGCUUGCUGGACCAACUGGACAAGGACAUAAACACCUUCUCCAUGAGGGUCAGAGAGUGGUACGGAUAUCACUUCCCCGAGCUCAUCAAGAUUGUUCCCGACAACUACACCUACUGCCGGCUGACCAAGCUGAUCGGCAACCGCAAAGAGCUGAGCGAGGAGAAUCUGGAGUCCAUGGAAGAGAUCGUAAUGGACAGCGCCAAGGCCCAGGCCAUCCUGGACGCUUCCAGGUCCUCCAUGGGCAUGGACAUAUCCCCUAUUGACUUGAUCAAUAUUGAGAGCUUCUCCAGCCGCGUCAUCUCCCUGUCUGAAUACCGCAAAGGCCUGCAGGAAUAUCUGAGGUCCAAGAUGACCCAAGUGGCCCCCAGCCUGUCCGCCCUCAUCGGAGAAGUGGUAUGUAAUUGCAUGUUGAGUGUGGGGGAGGGGGGGGGAUAUUAUACGGACAUGAAGUGUUGGCACAGAGAUGAUGUAUCAAUGAAAUCUGUCAAUCCCCUGAGCCUGCUGGCGCUGAAGACAAAAGGGAACACCCCGAAAUACGGCCUCAUCUUCCACUCCACCUUCAUUGGACGCGCUGCUGCCAAGAACAAGGGGCGGAUCUCCCGUUACCUGGCCAACAAGUGUUCCAUCGCCUCCCGCAUAGACUGCUUCUCAGAAAUCCCCACCUGUGUGUAUGGAGAUAAACUGAGGGGGCAGGUGGAGGAGCGGCUGGCCUUCUACGAGACCGGAGAGGCUCCACGCAAGAACCUCGAUGUGAUGAAGGAGGCCCAGGCAGAGGCCACCGAAGUCGUAACUGAGAUCAAGAGGAAAAUUGACAAGAAAGAGCGGAAGAGGAAGAAGCGCGAGAAGAAGAGACUAGCAGCAGCGGAAGAGAUGGAGGAAGAAGAGCCUUCAACAAAGAGCACAGAGGAAGCCGAGGAAGAGGAGGCGACACCCAGCAAGAAGAAAAAGAAGCGGAAGUCUGAGGCGGAGUUGUCGGAGAACGGCAUGGAGGAGGAAGAGACUCCCCUGAAGAGGAAGAAGCCGUCCACAGCAGAGACCCCGGCCACAGAAAAGAAGAAGAAGAAACGUUAA